AUGGAGGAGCUGGGCCGCCCCUCGGAGCUGGCGUUCCUGCUGGAGCCGGCGGACGUGAUCGCGGUGCGGGACCGGCCCCUGGUGCUGCACUGCCGGGUGGAGGGGGAGCCGCCCAUCAGCAUCACCUGGCACAAGGACGGGGCCCCGCUGGGCAGCGGCAGCCACACGGCCGUGCUGGCCAAUGGCUCGCUGCGCAUCGAGAGCUUCCACCGCCGGCCCCGGGGCGGGGACGCCGCCAACCAGACCAGCGUGGGCGACUACAGCUGUGCCGCCCAGAACCGCGACGGGCUGCUGGUCAGCCGCAAGGCCCGUGUGCAGCUCGCCACCCUGUCCAAGUUCCACAUGCAUCCAGAGUCCAUGGCGGUGGAGGAAGGCGGCGUCGCCCGGUUCCAGUGCCUCAUCCAGGGCGUGCCCGAGGCCACCAUCACCUGGGAGCGCAACCGCACGGCCCUGCCGCCCGGCGACCACCGGUUCACCCUGCUGCCGGCCGGUAUCCUGCACAUCACCGGGGUGCGUCGAGCCGACGUGGGCUCCUACCGCUGCGUGGCCACCAACAUCGCCAACAGCCGCUGCAGCCAGGAGGCCCAGCUGGCCAUCAGCGUCUCAGCCCCCAAACUCUACAAGGAGCCCAUGAUCCUGUCGGGCCCCCAGAACCUGACCAUCACGGUGCACCAGACGGCUGUCCUGGAGUGCAUUGCCACCGGCAACCCGCGGCCCAUCGUCUCCUGGAGCCGGCUCGAUGGCCGCUCCAUCGGCGUGGAGGGGAUCCAGGUGCUGGGAACUGGCAACCUCAUGAUCUCGGACGUCUCCGUGAAACACGCCGGAGUCUACGUGUGCGCUGCCAACCGGCCGGGCACCCGCGUGCGCCGCACGGCCCAGGGCAUCCUCAUGGUGCAGGCCCCCCCGGAGUUCGUGCAGUGGCCCCAGUCGAUGUCCAAGCCGCUGGGCAGCAGCGCCAUCUUCACCUGCGUGGCGCAGGGCGUCCCCGAGCCCCACCUCGUCUGGCUGAAGAACGGCAAGAUCCUGGCGCCGGGCGAGAACAUCAAACUCACCCACAACAACAGCACCCUGCUGAUCCAGGGGCUCGCGGUGGAGGAUGAAGCGAUCUACCAGUGCAUCGCUGAGAACAGCGCGGGCACCAACCAGGCCAGCGCCCGCCUGGCCGUCACCCUGGCCCAGGAGCUGCCCAGCUCCCCCGAGGGCGUCCGGGCCGCCGCGCUCUCCCCCACCUCCAUCCAGGUGUCCUGGCAGGAGCCCCCCCCAGAGGUGACCGAGGGGCUCAUCGGCUACGUGGUGCACAUCCGCAGGGUGGGAGAGUCCGACAGCCGGGACCUGCAGGAGGCUGUGAGCAAAACCACCUUCCAGCACCUCUUCAGCGGCCUGGCGCCCGCCACCACCUACUGCAUCCGCCUGCGCGCCUCUUCGCCGCUGGGGGCCAGCCAGGACUCGGAGCCCGUCCUGGCCACCACCUUGGGCAGCAUCCCCGCAGCCCCCGGCUUCUUCACCAAGGUGCUCAACGCCAGCGCGGUGCAGGUCUUCUGGGCGCUGCCCCCCCAGCCGGGCCGGAUCGAGGGCUUCAAACUCUUCCACCGCAAACUGCCCAGCCCCCACUUCGAGGGGCCACAGCUCCUGGCCAACACGGCCAACUCCUACGUCUAUAGCAACCUGGAGCCCUCGGCCGCCUACGAACUCCGGCUCCAGGCCUUCAACGGGAACGGAGACAGCAACAGCAGCGUGCGGGUCGUCCGGCUGGAGGGGAGCGGCCCGACGCUGGACGCUGACCCCGCGUGCCCGUGUCGGCCGGGGGAGGAGAGCUCGCUGCCCGGCGUCGUGGUGGGCGUCCACAUCGGCAUGGCCUGCAUCAUCUUCUGCCUCCUCUUCCUCAUGCUCGGCUACCACAGGAGCCUGUUCUGCAGGAAGGGCGCUCAGGGCAGCUGGACGGUGCCCCGGGGCGCAGAGCUGGCCCAGCCCGGUGCCCGCGACGCCCCCCGCAGCCUGUGCACCCAGCUGGGGGAGGCCAAGCCAGUGGAGAUGAUCGACCUGGUCCCCCAGACUCGGCCGCGCCCAGAUGUGCCCCAUGUCGAAGUCCCCAUCGAGCGCUACCCUCCCCCGCAGCCCCCCGGGUAGCACUGC